CGCCGUUCUACUCUUUUUGGGCUGGAGCUGGUCUGCCAUGUUGUCUCUGAUACAGCAGAAAUCACACUGUCUGUGACACACGGCUGACAGAGGGACAACGGUUUCCUCAACGGAAUUCAGCGUAUUCUGAAGCACUUUGGGUCGUCGACUUGGCGAAGGGCUAUCCCACCGCCCCCCUGGUGGACGCUCCCUAUUCUCUGCAACCCCCCUCCCCCAACCCCUUGCCCCAUCAUCUUUCCUCCUUCCCUCCCAUCCUCUCUACACUGGGAGUGCUCAUUGUUGCAGUGACCUCUUCUCGCCUUCUCUGCUAAGCUGUCGGAUAUGUCAGGACCCAUACCAAGCCGGGCCCGAGUGUACACCGAGGUCAACACUCACCGACCUAGGGAGUACUGGGACUAUGAGUCUCACGUAGUUGAAUGGGGAAACCAGGAUGACUUUCAAUUGGUGCGGAAACUAGGACGUGGCAAGUACAGUGAAGUGUUUGAAGCAAUCAACAUCACCAGUAAUGAGAAAGUGGUGGUAAAAAUACUUAAGCCUGUAAAGAAAAAGAAGAUCAAGCGUGAGAUUAAGAUUUUAGAAAACCUGCGUGGAGGCCCCAACAUCAUCUCCCUAAUUGAUAUAGUUAAAGACCCUGUGUCCCGUACGCCUGCGUUGGUCUUUGAACAUGUCAACAAUACUGACUUCAAGCAACUGUACCAAACCCUGACUGAUUAUGACAUCCGGCUCUACAUGUAUGAGAUCCUUAAGGCCCUGGACUACUGCCACAGCAUGGGAAUCAUGCAUCGAGAUGUAAAGCCUCACAACGUAAUGAUCGAUCAUGAACACCACAAGUUGCGCCUUAUUGACUGGGGUCUGGCUGAGUUUUACCACCCAGGACAGGAGUACAACGUCAGAGUCGCCUCCCGCUACUUCAAAGGGCCAGAGCUACUGGUGGACUACCAGAUGUAUGACUACAGUCUGGACAUGUGGAGCCUAGGCUGUAUGCUGGCGAGCAUGAUCUUCAGGAAGGAGCCCUUCUUCCAUGGUCAUGACAACUAUGACCAGUUAGUAAGAAUAGCCAAGGUUCUAGGAACUGAAGAUCUUUAUGACUACAUUGACAAGUACAACAUUGAAUUGGAACCGCGCUUCAAUGAUAUUCUGGGAAGGCAUUCUCGUAAGCGGUGGGAGCGCUUUGUCCACAGCGAAAACCAGCAUCUGGUCAGUCCCGAGGCCCUGGACUUCCUAGACAAGCUGUUGCGCUAUGACCAUCAGGUCCGUCUUACUGCUCGUGAGGCUAUGGAUCAUCCUUACUUCUUCCCUAUUGUGAAAGAUCAGUCUCGUGUGGCUGGAUCAGCCAACCUACCCAGUGGGAACACAGCUGUUGGCACAGCCAACAUGAUCACUGGUAUUUCUGCCUUACCAGCCUCCACUGCCCUAGGCCCUCUUACCGGCUCACCAGUCCUGUCGGCUGCCACCAAUGCCCUGAGCCCACCGAUGCCCACUGCUGCUGGUGCCCCCCAGUGACAUCCCAUCAAAGUCCACACAGGUCUCUCCCAACUCCACCACCCAGCCUGUGGGAAAUCAGAAUGGUGCCAGUCCUCCCCACAUCCAACCUAAGUCAGUGUUACUGCGCCUCUCAACCUCCUGGGCUGAGGACAUUGCUGUUAAAUAAAAGAAUACCCCCUUGUCCUCCUGUAAUGAAUGUGGUAACCUGACAUUUGAGAAGAAUUUUGUGUAACUGAAAUAUACAGGUAUUCCUUUCCUUUGGGGUGUGUUUGUGUGUACACAGCAGAUUUGGGGGCCCCUCACACAAUGUGCAUAUGUUUGUGUGGUCUUGAAGUCCAGAAGGUAAAAGCAAAAGAAUGUUGGACACCAGGACCAAAUGAGCUUGUCUCGCUUUUCUUGCCAUAUCAGACCACCUAACUCUGCCACGUCCUCUGCUCUAAAUUUGUUUUGCGUCAAAAUGCUCUAGACUACUGGGUAAAGUUUUAGUGGGAGGAGGUUCAGAUCUCUGAAGCCAGGUGAGGUUUAUUCAGGUUCUCAAGAAAUUGUUUCUCAAACGUGCUGCUUUCAAGUUCCUUGAAUUACUUCAAGUGUCUUUUUUCUUGUAUUUCAAGAUAUAACCAAAGUCAAUUCAGUUGGACUAAGAGACUGACCAGAGUUUUGUUUACUAGGAGUUGCUCAUAGAGGUUCUGAUUCGGCUCAUUUUUUGUCAGCUGGAGGUAAAGUUAGUUUUGUUAAGUUUAGUUUAACAGAUUUUACAAACAUGCCGAGGGAAAUAUUGCAUUGCACUUACACAGUAGUGUCUCUCCAGGUUUCUAGUCCCAGAGUUUGAAAGUGUCUUUUUUUAGACCCUGCUUUACCUGCGCGUCUUUUCUUUUCAAACCCUUUAAAAUGCUAAUAAUUAACAUACAUUUGGCUGAGAAGGAAGCAGCGCAGGACUUCACAUCACUGUAUAUAUUUUUAUGUCCUUUAUGUAGAAGACUAGUAUUUGAAAAUAUUUGUGUAAAUAAACAUGUUUUAUUUAUGAAGUA